CUUUUUCUUUUUAUAAUUCCAAAGUAUCGAAAGUGCUGAUCCAAACUUCCUACUAUCUAAACACGUAGACAUGGAGAAGAUAAACAGAAAAGUAGCACAGCCGUUGACGUUGUGAAUUACACAAUUUCGUCCGGAAAUGACUUUUUAAAACAGGGUUUUAUGUGUUCAUUUUGAAAAUAACUUGCUUUUCAUUGAAGCCGCGCUGUAAAGGGGACAGCUAAUGUAAGUUCUCAUGUUUUGUCAUGAAGCCAGAGUGUGUCGUAUCACCGUAGCUCGCGAACAUAAGCUAAAUGCUAACGCUAGUUUACCACCUACCGAGUGUGUGUUUGCCCCUCCUUAUUGACACAAAAAUGUUGAGUAAUCUUUGAUAGAACAACUGUUUAUAUAGUAAUGGUUCCCCUUGGCUGUUUUGUGUCGUGUGAGUUGGUUGUCAGUAUGAGUAAUUUACCAUGACCUACAUUUUUAUUGGGAUAAUAGUAAGUGAACAUGGAGGCCUCACAUGCUAACUCAUGAUAAAAACAAACAUUCACUCAGUGUGAUGCUACAAUCAUUAUGAUCAGUAUGGUAUUCCUUUAGCAGCAGCAGCAACAUAUAUAGUUGUAUAAUGCAUAUUUAUGAAUUAAACAAUAAAUAUCGUAUGUUAUUGAUAAAAGCUGUAAAAAAAACAGCUUGUUUCGUUCAGGCGCAGCUGGUCAGCUACAUUCAAUAACACCAAAUUUUCUUAUCAACACAUUUUCUAAUCAAUUUUUUAGACAUUUUAGGGUUAUUUAUUUUAUUCUACUAAUUGUAGGUGCCAGUAAGAGUUUUACAGAGCUAAUUUUAUUCCUCUUUUAACAACCAGGCUUCUAUUUUUUACAUAAUGUUUCUCUAUGAUGGACAAUUUAUUCAUUUAUUAAAUUUUACAGACAAGACAGACACGGCACAUUAAAGCCUGAGGCCCAGAGAGAGAAACUUUUACCCAAACUACAAGCACUGUCUUUUAAUCCAUCACCACAAGUGAGAAACCUGGGCGUCAUUUUUGACUCUGACCUUUAGUCCACACAUUGAGAACAAAACAAAAAUAGGUUAUUAUCACCUAAAGAACAUCGCCAGAGUCUGCCCCAUUCUCUCUCAGGUCAACACGGAGAAGCUAAUGCAUGCUUUUAUCACCAGUCGUAUAGAUCAGUGGUUCUCAAGUCCAGUCCUCGAGGCCCACUGUCCUGCAUGUUUUGGACGUUUCCCUGCUCCAACACACCUGGUUCAAAUGAUCAGCUUGUUAUGAAGCCAUUGCAGAGCUUUAAAACGAGCUGAUCAUUAUUUUGAAAAACUGAAUGCAGUAAAAAAAAUAUUGUUUAUUUUUCCUUUUUUUGGUCUUUAGUUUGUGCAAUUUGACAUUUCUUCAUUUUUGUCCAUGCCUCGUUGCAUGGUCCUCCUCAGGUUUUCUGAAUAUGCUCUAAAUGCAGAGAUGCAUAUAAGUCACAUUUAUCGUUUUGCUGUUCUCCAUUUUGUGCAUGAAAUGCCCUUUGUUUAAAAACUGAAUACUGCUCCUUUAUUUUUCUGCUCUGGCUUUGGGGACAGUAAACAGAAACAUCCCAAAAGUUCUGAAUGAUCUGGAUGGUUCAUUAUUUAUCAGAUGAUCUCCAAACCAUGUAGUGCUUAAGCAGCAACAUCAUAAAGUCUGAUGUCUGACAGAGAGGGAGUCAGAACUCCACCAAUGACAGACCUGUUAAGAUAAUGUUAUAGUUAUGAAGUUGUCUGACUCUAAUAUAUGUUUGUUUUUAGGGUCCUGACAACAUGGACAGUGGCCUGAGUCCGCAGGAUAAAAAAGACCUGGACAAGUUCAUAAAAUUUUUCGCCUUGAAGGUAGGACAUCUGUAUGAUGUUGUUUUUCCAGCAGCAGAUUUUUUUGUAAAUAAAAAAUGAAUGUAGAGUCUGUGGUUUCUGAGGGGACAUCAUGUUCUUGUCUCUUGGUUUACCCUGCUGCUCUGAAAAAGAGUCUUCAGUUUAUUUUGAACCCUGGCUCUGUUCUUACACUGACGUCAUCUUGAAUUUGCACAAAAAGUCAAAGAUUUUCCCUCGUUUAGAUUCACAAGCUGGGAAACAGAUUGUAAUAACAGGAAUAUUAUCUUGUGGUGCAAGUAUGAAGGGUUGAAGUCCAUCCUCGGAAAAAUGAGCAUUUGCCAGGCUCAGAUUGUGAAAUGGAUCCCUAUGAAAAAGCAGAUCUUCAUCAAUAAGGUCUCUCUCAGACAUUAAAAUUAACAAUCUGAGCCAGUUAGUGACAAAACAAGAAUAAAAAAAGUCGAUGUAUGGCAUAUGCACCCUGCACACUAAUGUUAAGGUAAGGUCUGUUAUUAUCAUACCAUAAAUCCACCAGACUCCCCUGACAAAAACUGAUUUUACCUGAAAGAACCUGGGAGUUAAUGGUAUACCUCUACCUUUAUCUGUGAGUUUAUUUGGUGUGAAGUGAAUCAAUCCACCGUCAUGUUGAACUUGUUAGACCUCAAAAUAUAUAUAGAAAGGGCAAAGGUUGGAAAAACAGCAAGGAAAUGAUUCAUCUGAGUGUUUUCUCUAGAUGCUCUAGAGCUGAGGUAUUUCUGGCUGAAUAUUCUUUAACUUCAGAUCAACUUUAUCUCUGCAGCUCACAGCAUCUCUGUUUGUUAUGUACUCUCUGUGUAGACCGUCCAGGUGAUCGUCCAGGCUCGUCUUGGAGAGAAGAUCUGCACUCACUCGUCUUCCUCGCCAACAGGCUCUGAUUGGGUAAGAAAGUUUCUUUCACCUUUAAGGACAAAUUUCCAGCUGCCUCAAUAAGAGAAGUAGCUUGAUCACUAAUGUGUACUGUUAAUGAGAUACUUUCUCUAGACACUUCUCAGAUCCCAAACGGUAAACAUUCAUCAAAGGAGCAGCAAACACAGAAACAAUUCUUCGUAUCUCCUUCACAUUCUCUCUGUGCUCGUGUUGAAAAGUCAUAAUUAUUUUUAUUUCUGUCGUCUCUAGUUUAAUUUGGCCAUCAAAGACAUCCCAGAGGUGACUCAUGAAGCCAAGAAGGCGCUCGCCGGACAGCUCCCCGGCAUCGGACGCUCCAUGUGUGUGGAGAUCUCCCUGAAGACGUCAGAGGUAAAAACGUCCUCUCUUUCAGUUCAUGCUCUCUAGUUUUCUUGCAUUUGUCCAAUGCGAAAUAUGACACAUGAUAAUUUGAAGUGUAAAGUUUAUGAACGUGAGAGGUUAAUAACAAAACUGAACUGCCUUUAAUCCUUUCUAAGUCUAAAAUAAAGAGCUGUUUAGGAGGCAGACCUCUCUAUACAGAAACAUAAAAUCAAUAUGAAUGAUUCCUUUCGUCAUCUUUUGGGGCUCCUGCAUUAAUCUUUCUGUCUUUCCUACAGGGAGACUCGAUGGAGUUGGAGACUUGGUGCCUGGAGAUGAAUGAAAAGUGAGUGAAUUUAGCUCUUAUUUUGAGCAUUUUUGCUCUGAAUAAGCUGUUAACAGCGACCAAACAAAAUUGCAAAGUACGAAACACCUUAAUAAAGUUUGAGACAAUGUUUUAUUUUGUUUUUACGUUUAAUAAAAGAUGAGCAGAACCAAGGACAAAGCAAGUGCACAUUUUAGAAAACAGAUUAGGGUUUACAAUACCCAACCCUAGUGAGAUAUCAGAGGGUUUUUGUUUUCUCCUCUGCAGGUGUGAUAAAGACAUCAAGGUGUCAUACACUGUCUACAACCGUCUCUCUGUCCUCCUGAAGUCUCUGCUCGCCAUCACCAGAGUCACACCUGCCUACAAACUGUCCAGAAAGCAGGGUCACGACUACGUCAUUUUAUACAGGUGAGCGGACAUUCGACAACAGAGUUAACCCACGUAUUUAUAAAACAAAUAUCUCUGACUGCUCGGCAAACUGCUGAUCUUUGUCAUCUUUGCAAAUCCGAUGUAAGCAUGUCAGUCUUUUUUCCAGGAUUUACUUUGGUGAAGUUCAGCUGAGUGGACUUGGAGAAGGUAACCAUUAACUCCACUUUUUGAAGCUCAUCCUGUGCUACUUCCUUUUGACAUGUUACAAUACAAUAAUUUGACAUGUCCCCCUAAGAAGCAUCCAAAGAGCAUUUAAUUUACUUUUGAAACACUGGUCAGGCAUCCAGAGGGAACCAUGCUAACAGUUUGUACACAGGAAUGGUAUUUAGGCCCUUUGUUUACAUUAUUUUUUACUUGUGUGCAACUUCAGGGGGGGCUUUAUUUACUCUUUCCCCACUAAAAAAGCAACCAGAGAGCACUUAGUUUACAUUUAAUCUACCAGAGCAGCAAUCAGAAGGCUGUUCAUUUACAUUUAAUACCAUGGUUGGGUAUCCAGAGGGCAUUUUGUAAACUGAUGGCAAUUUGUUUGCAUUUUAAGGGCACUUUAUUUACAUUGAAUACACUGGAAAGGCGUCUACUAGGGCAGUGGUUCUGCCACUGAGAAUAUUGUCACAUAUUAUAGAUUUAUCUUUAUGCACAAAAGAGAAUUUUUAAAAGCAUGAAAAGUAUCACAGAAACACUCUUUUAAACACCUUCAAAAUGAGAUUGUAAACUAAGACGGAAACAGAGUACCGUAGUUUUCGCACUCUUAGACGCACCAUCAAUGAACGCGUCUAUUCGCGUCUAUUUUCAUACAUAAGGCGCACCGGAUUAUAAAGCACAUUAAACCAAACAAAACAGUCAGAUAAGUCAAACUUUAUUGAACUCAUUUAAUAACUCCGUGAGGCUACGGUAGCUGCAGUGCUCCGACAAGCCAAAAGGAUUUUUAAGUGCGCCUUAUAGUGCGAAAAAUACAGUAAGUAAUUUUUCAGGUACGACAGGUUUUCAAACAAAAACAAAAUGAUAUCAGAACAGGUGGUUUUAAUAACUAUUUACCUCAAACUUUCUUGUGCGUUUCUAAAACCAGCAGUUUAAGGAAGUGAUUGUACAUAAAGUUUGUGAUGAAAUUGACAGUUUGGUUUUCCCUGAUCCGUCUGUUCGCUGAGUUUUGUUUGUUUGAUUUGAAGGUUUCCAAACAGUGCGAGUCGGUGUUGUCGGCACACCUGUGGGCACAGUCACACUUUCCUGCGCUUAUCGCACCAACCUGGCCUUUAUGUCCAACAGGUAAUUCACACACUACCCGUCAAGCACCACAGAGGAAUAUUAAAUGUAGGCCGACGAUGUAGGAGUUGCUUCACAAAAGAGAGAAACAAACCGUAAACAGUUGGAGUGUCUUCUGUCAUCUGCAGACAGUUUGAGCGCUCAGCCCCCAUCAUGGGGAUCAUCGUGGAUCACUUUGUGGAUCCUCCCUGCAAUAGCCAGCGGCCUGCAAACAUGGGACAGCCCUGCAACUACAGGUAAGUGUUAUUUCCUUUCCUCUGCAGCAGAUCAGGCUGGCUGGAAAUCUUUACAGAAACUGUACAUGUCUGUGCAGAGCUCCAGAAGACGAUGAUGGUCCGUUUGCAGGCGUUCAGGACUCACAGGAAGUCUGCACCACCUCUUUCUCCACCUCCCCUCCCUCUCAGGUGAGAAAACACUCCUUCACUCCUCUUUAUGAUCUCUGUCUUUAUCCUGUAACUCCUUCUCUGUUUUCAUUUUGCUUUCUCUUUUCUCUCUUUGUCUCUUUUCCUGUUGUCUUUUACUGUAUCUGUGUGUGUGUGCGUGCUGCAUGAUCCCAGUGUGUGUGCACACUGAGCCCCUCGCCCUCUAAACUGUCUAAGCCCCUCCCUCUGGACAGUCUGCAGAUCCCAUUGGCUCCUGGACAUGUCACUCACACUGUGAGUCUCUGCUGUGAGAGUGUGACUGUGUGUGAAACGCUUUAGAGUGAUUUCACGUCUUAUUCUGGGGUGUGCGUGUCGCUCCUGAGUAGUGCUGGGCGAUAUGGAAAAAAAUGUAUAUCACGAUAUGGAUCAUUUUAUGUCACGAUAACGAUAUAUAUCACGAUAUAGCUAUGGUAUGCUUUCAGUUCUAUGAAAAAUUUAAGUGUAUACAGCUGCACUAGUACAGUACCAGUACAAGACCAGCACUUAAAACUAGAAAAAUGAAUAAAUAAAUACGUGGCCGAAGUGCGUUCAUGUCUGUGCUCACCCAAAGUUAUGCAACACUCACAGAAAACGCCGAUAGUGUGAGCCAAAGCACUCCAUAAUAAUAAUAAUAAUAAUAAUAAUAAUAAUAAUAAAUUUAAUUUGUAAUGCACUUUACAUUUACAAAAAAUCUCAAAGUGCUACAGUACACAGUAAAAAAAGAGCAGCAACAAUAAAAAAGCAAUAGAAUGACAGUCACAGAUUGGCAUAAAAAAAGAAUUAAAAAAAAAAAAAAAUAUAGAGUUGCAAUGUAAGAGGCAAGGUAGUAAAAGCAUAGAGGAAAGUUAACCAAAGGCUUUAUUAAAAAGGUAGGUCUUUAGGGCUCUUUUGAAGAGGUUGUUCACACUGCUAGAUGUUUCUCUUCCAAAGCUGCUCUCUGCCUCCAUCAUUGUUUACUUUACUCUUGAAGCACGUAGGAAGACCCGAGCAUGAAUCCGAGCGCUUUAUUCGCCUAUCAGGGGCAGACAGGUAAGGUGAUUUGAUUCGCCACGACUCCAGAAAUGAUUGAAAAACUACAGAAUGUCACAAAAUUACGUUUCCUCGCUGCUGGCUUGAAGGGUAGAAAUGCGCAGCCGCGCUCCCAGCUGACAGGAAGUCAAACCACUGUUGUAGUUCUUUUGUGUUGCUAGCGCGGUCAAGAGUGUUGGCUCUCACUGAGAGAUGACUACAAAAAUGGACGCACCUGUUCAGCUGGUGGUUAAACACGGCUGAAAAUGAUCAUCUUUUAAUGUUGUCCCCGCUCCUGCCCACUCCCGUUGCCUUUUUCCCCGUCCCGUCCCGAUCAAGGGAUUAAUUAGAAAAUGACUCCCAUCCCGUGGGAUUCCCGCGGGAAUCACGUGACCCACGGGAAUUCCCGAAAAAUGUCAUCCUCUACAGGGAAGGUCCCGGAGCAGAUGAAACAGGUGCCGGAGCGGCUGAAAUAGGUCCCGGAUCCGAUCAAAAGAAUUAAGCACUGCUUACAAUGAUCCCCUCACGUGUGUAACCCAGGUAACCCGCAACGGCGGGAGACGCUGGACACGAAGAGGGCACGUAAAGCGGCGUCAUGUCGCAAAAUCGAAAGAGAAAUGCAAGCCUACAUGUCAACGCAUCCUUUUCUUUGUAAGAAAAUAUUGUUUUCUUUCCCGUUCGAAACCAAAUACACUUACUGAAUGUGCAAUUAUUGUUGUUGUUACUAUGAAUCAUCUGAUGGCACAAGCCCUAUGGAUAAAAUACAGCCUAUCGCCCGAAACGAUAAAAAUAAAAAUGGCACGAUAGACAUUUUCUAUCGUGCCCACGAUAUGUAUCGUCCUAUCGCCCAGCACUACUCCUGAGUGUGUUCAACCUUUCUGCAACGUUUUUCUCACUGUGUCUAAAACUUAUCUCUGACACUUAUUCUUAAAAUUUUACCCUUUUUUUCCUCUUUGCAUGUAAGUCUUUCAAUACGGUGUGAAAAAUAUCAAGGACUGAUCCUGAAGCGCUAAAUUUUACAAACAUGGAGACAAAAUCUAUGCAGAAAAAUGAAUCUCAAAGGAUACAAAUAAAAUAAUGUAAAUGUUGAUACAAAAGUGGCAGGUAAUAUUAGAGAGCUGAGCCUUAAAUAACAGAAUCAUGUCUGCUCUGUUCAUUUUGUUUCCUCUCUCUCUCUCUGUCUCUGUCUCUUUUUCUGUUUGUGCCUCUGUAGCUCUACGCUUCCAGGUUAUCAUACCAGCCUCCAGCUCUAGGGGGAGCUGCUGAGCUGAGUCACCCCACUGCCAAUCCAAACCAGGUAAGACAUCUCUCACUAUCCAGUCAGUUCCAUAGACGUAAUAUACGUAGACGCCUCAAAGCCUGACGCUGCCUACUUGAGCUCACGUAUCAGCGCAGCUGCCAUCUUGGAUGGGUCCCCCAUGUGCCUCCAGUGCAUUAAAACAGGUAGGAAUGCCCAACCAUAUGCUACACCACACGCAAACUGCUCACUUCUGUACUAGUGUCUCCGGCGACACUAGAUUACACUCCGGCAUGUAAUGAGGCAUCUACGUGUAUAAUGUCUAUGGUCAGUUCCAUCUGACGCUUUCACUCUUUAAGAUCUUGAGUCAAACACUGAUGUGUGGUUAGGCCUGUCGCGAUAAUCAAUAAAUCGCCUUAUCGCUCGGUAAAUAAAAACGAGGUCGAUAACUUUGCCAGCCUCGAUAAUUGACGUGCGUUUGUUUUCCUCCUCUCUUGCUACCAAACACGCUGGAUGAGAGAAGAGGUCUCACUCUGCGCAUUGUUCUCGGCACCUGGGGGCGUUGGCUCUAUAGCGGAAUGAACGGAGUUAGUGAACCCUCCUGUCAGUCAUUCAGUGUCUUUGUCAGGAGGGGGCUGGCACGCACAGGUACACAGACACAGACUUUUUGGAUACAGUGCUGCAAGUGAGCGUCGUGAGUGAAAAGCAAGCUAACAGAAUGAACACGACAGCUUUGGUGUCUAAACCGAACGCAACAGCCCAAGUGUGGGAAUAUUUCGGCUUUAAACCAGUUUUGUUUUCGUCAACCACAAAACUCCACGUGUGUGCGUGCGCGCGUGCGUGUGUGUGUCUGUGUGUUGGAGGAGCACAGCAGGCUGAUGAGAGCUGUCAGAGCGGACUGAAGCUGCUCCUAUAUGUUUAGCGUUUAACUGACUGAGUUUUGCAACUCUGUUCGUCAUUUUCGUCUGUCCAUCAACGUAAACGCACUUUUGUCUCGUCACAUUUUAGUCAUCUCCGACUUAUGUUUAGCUCGUCAACGUUACGUCUUCGUCGUGGGAGAAAAGGGAAAUAUUUUAGUCAACGAAAACAACCAGUGUUGUUCUCGUGUGGAAAUUAAAGUUUAUCACUUUUGACAUGGUGUACUCGCAUUAUUAUGCCAUAUAAUAUCAUUAUCUAUAAUUUAAAAAAUGGUGUCAAUAAUAUCGUUUAUCGGUGAUAAUUUGUAGCACAAUUAUCGUCCAGCAAAAUUUGUUAUCGUGACAGGCCUAUGUGUGGUCUUUCUGAAGGUGUUGCAUGCUGGGAAAGAAGGCGGGGUCGUGUUGGCUCCUGCGCAGCCUCCUCAUGGAGCAGAUGCCCAUCUGACAGUAGAGCACGCCCCCAACACACCUGGCAGCAGGUAAUUUCAGCUCAGCACCAAGACUGUGAAUCCCAAAUCUUAGGAGUCUGAACCGAGAACCUCUGCGCCACCAGGUCCAGAUUUUGAUUAAAGUUUCUAUCGUCUCUUCCCUCCUCAGCGGUGAUGAUGACGGUCUGUCAAACAGCGGGUACGGGCGUAGGGAUGAAGGACGGAGGUGUGCUUCUCCCUCCGACCCUGUGGAGUCUCUAAACGCCUUCACGAGGAAGAUCGGAGCUUUUGUGAAUAAACCCAGCGCACAGGUACCUCAAACACACACCUUAGUUACCACGCAGCUUUCAUGAUCUGAAACAUAGAAACCUUUCAGUAAAUAAGAAACAUAAAAGCCUCUGAACUUUAGAGCUGAGUUUGCUGCCUGGUUUCUUGUGUUUGUGUAGAUAACAGCAGCCAGUCUGGAUCUCCCGUUCGCUGCGUUUGCUCCUCGAGGCUUGGACUCGGAGGAGAAUGAUCCUAUGGUAACCUGACAGUUUUCAGACCCUUUUCCACACCGCAGAAACUUUUGUCUUUAUUCAUUCAGCAUUCUAAAGAUUGAUUGAUUGAUUGUUUGUUUGUUUGUUUGUUCAGGUACAGCCUCCAGACUCUCCUCCCUGCCACUCCCCCCUGCAGGCCAGUCUCCACUCUCAGGGCUCAGAAGGAUCAGGACCGCAGGACGACUUUGUCAUGAUCGACUUUGUACGUUUAUACAUUAGAAAUUAAAUAUCUUACAUGGUUGAUGUGAAACUCCCCCUGUACACUAACAUCUCUGCAUCUUCUGUGCAGCGUCCAGCCUUCUCUAAAGACGACCUGCUGCCGAUGGAUUUGGGAACUUUUUACCGGGAGUUUCAGAACCCUCCACAGCUGGCGAGCCUCUCUCUGCACAUCAGCUCACAGUCCAUGGCCGACGACCUGGUAACACUUUUUCUUUUUCCUGUCCUCUUAUGUUCAAAUUAGGGCCCACUGCUGAUUAUACGCGCUCCAGAUGAGUAGCAAAAGCAAAAUCAGUCUACGAUGCUCCAUGACGGGCGAAGACAGCAGAGCGGGGUUUGUUUUCCCAGGGUCACAUGACUUCCUGUUCCGUUUUCUGGGGCGAUUGAGUUUGUCCUUUGUGAACGCAAACCAGACCAGUUAAACAAUCAAAACAAAUGUAUCGUCUUGCCUUGGAUUCGAAUCAGGAAACUGACCUUUAGGCGUGAACACGGCCUUAUUCUCCACAUUUUAUUUCUGAAAAUAUCGGUGAAAAUCCGCGAUUUUUGGCCGUUUACCAAUUAGUCUCAAAUGGGCUAAAAUUGGCUGAUUUAAUCGGCUCGUUGAUAAAUCGGUCGGGGCCCUAGUUAAAAUAAAUCCAUCCACCUUUCCCUUAAUGUUGAUUUUUUUUCUCUUUUCUUCCUGCAGGACUCUCUGCCAGAGAAACUGGCCGUCUACGAGAAAAACAUCGACGAGUUUGACGCCUUCGUGGACAUGCUCCAGUAGAGAGAGAGCGCUGGACUCCGUGUGAGGAAAGAGGAAGCGAAACACAAAAUAAGAAUGAAAGGGAGAAUCAGACUUGAGUCGUUUUCUGUCCUGUGAGAUUCACUAAUUUCUGACAUUUCUCUUCUUCUUCUUCCUCAUCACCUCACUGACUAGUCUGUACAGAUCAUCCUCUGAUCAACACUGUAAAUAUGGAUUUGUUGAGCACUGUUAGAAACUAUAAAUCACAACUUAUUGUCGGUGUGAAGUCAGGAAUCAUCAUUAGUUGAACUGUAGCUUCUCUCUGCUGAGGAUUUCCUCGUCAUCAUGGCCUUUCUGACUCUAGACAUGAAAAAAAAAAUCCUCUAUCAGGCAGAAAUUAUAAAGCUGGUCUUUGAAUAAUCGUUUCAUUUAGCCUUACAGUGAAAUAGUCGUAGUUCAAAACUGACAGUCUUGUGUCCAUAUUAAUCUAGUUUUCACUGCCUUGCUCAAAGGAAACGGAUUCAUUCACCCACGCCAGGAGUUUCCCAGCUGGUCUGGGGAUUUAAAUGCCAACUUUCAGGCCGUGAGUUGGACUUAAAGUGAAUUAAACUCUUUGUGUGUACAGAGAACAUUUAUCCAUUCUUAAAAUACAACCAGGAGCCAGUCUAGUUAUCACACCUACCUGAAGCUGAUGCAGCAGACCUGAAGGAGGAGGAUUCUCUGCUGUAUCAGACUGAUUCGUGUAGCCACCUUCAGACUGGUGACUGAGUGUUGACUCUACAACAAGCUUGUGUAUAUUUUGGGGACUUGCAGCCGUCUACAGCCCGUCAUCGUCCCUGACUGUUAGGUUGAGAGCUUUAAUUUAAUCUUUUUUUUUUUUUUUUUCUGCUGUUGUUGGUCUAAAUGUCCUGAGAAAUAAAGCAUGGCUGCUCUGUUCAAUCA